AUGGGGCGCUGGGAGUAUGAUCAGGCCGCGCGCGGCGGGGGCACCCCGCCCCUUCAGCAUCAGGAUCGCUCGUCAGCGUCCACGUGGAGAGACACUGGGAAAGGAGCUGCUGCACAGGCACAUACAAGCGCACUCGCUUCCUCACCUUCUAGAAGCCAACCUCGUUGGUCGCCUCCAAGGAAUUACUUCUCAUCGUCCCCCGGCGUGUCUCCCGGGGCUCUGGCGAAGAAAGACUCUCACAGAAUGCCCUCUUCGCGGGGCGGCUCCCAGCCGACCUCCCCAUCUGCCGCGGUGGAUGCGAAGCCGCUGGGCGGCGUAAGGCCCUCACCCCUGCGCGCGCACUCGAUGAACCCUGUGGCGAGUCACGGUCUUCCCUCGCUCCCUCCUGGAAAGCACCGUCUCUCUCGCUCCCUCACCAAUCUUUCGCAGAUUCGCGAUUCCCCCAACACUGUCCUGCUUGUCGGACCGAGCUCCUCGAGCCAGCCGAGACGCCUCACCGACGGGACCUACGUCCCCAUCCUGGCUGUGACCGCUCCGCCCUCAGACGGACGCAGCAGCAAGAGCAAGGCCUCUUCGGCUUUGCCAAGCCGCCAGCACUCGUUCUCCUCCAGUCACCGCAACGACUCACAUCAGCGCCACGCAAGCGGCCAGCACUCCUUGCAGACCCUCGGGAGGUCUCCUUCCCGGGAUCGCAGCGGCUCCCCCACGCGGUGCCAGGGCCACAGGCCCCAGUCCCGCAAUCACGGCGACUCCGGCCGCGCACGCCGCCAGCACUCUUCAAAUGAUCUCCACAGGCCCCGCGCGGCCUGUCGUCACUCCUCGCGGAGUCCCCACGGCAGUCGCCACUCCACGGGGCACCACCACAGCUGGCACAGGAGCUCUCGCACGCCUUCUCCAGCGCCGUCCCGGCAUCACGCUCGCAGCCGCGAGGCUUUCUACGGUUCCAGCCGCUCCAGAGGGCACACGUCCUCUCCCCGCCCACGGCAUCACAACUGCGGCGAGCGCUACUCCUCGCGCGCGGGAGGCACGCAGCCUCUUGCGAGUUCCGUAACUCCCCAGCGGAGUCGCGGCGAGUCCCGGGAGCGCCAGAUUCCCUCCUCUUCGCAUGCAAGCUAUGCGCCGCCGCAUGCCUCCGCUUCUUCCGCCUACCAGAUAGAAAAUGCCGCCCCACAGCAGCCGCCCCCCCGCUUCAGUUACACCAGCCAGCAGCCGCCCGAUCGCCAUCCAAGCUUGUCGCGCGGUGCGGCGAGCAGCGGUGGGCGCCGACUCAUUAGCGACAUACCGAAUGCCGGUGCCCUCGCCCGGGCUGUCUCUACUUCGCCGCGAGGCCCCUCGAUCACAGCCGGUACUGAGCUGCCGCGGAUCUACCGCCAGCCGCCCAGAAGUUCGCACGGCUUCACGGUGGGGAGCCGAGCCUACGGCCACUCCUCCUCUGGGUUCAUCCCCAGUUCCCCGCGCUGCGCGGCGCCCGCGGAUCGCGCAGCCCUCUCUGCAGCGAAGCGGAGCCCGGCCCACUCCGUGUCGUGCUGCUUGUCUCGCGGCAACUCUCCGUCGCCGCGCGGAGUGCGGCGUCGGCAGCGCGAAUGUGCUUCGUCUUGUGACCUGCAGCCGCCUCCGUGCGGCUUAGGGGCCCCCGCGGCUUUCAUGCGUCCUCCUCCAGAGGCGCCUGGAUGUUCACGCAGUGCGUCUCCCUUCCGCCAACCCUACGAUGCAAGCGGCGUCUACUACAGGGAUGGAAGACCCCUGCGCGACCCUGACCCUUCAGAGGCCGUGAAGCAGAGCUCGGCGUUCUCUGGAGUAAGCACUCCAGCGCGACUCGGUCUCGCGCCUUGGGAGCUUGAUGUGCCUUCGUGCGCGGCCGCAGCCCUCGCCUCCAAAAGAUCGCCGUCGCCGCUCGUUUUCAGGUCUUCGAGCUCAGCAGGUUCCUGCGGCGAAGGUCGGCAUGCUUUUCGCUCGAGGCGCUGCGGCGGCUGCUCGGACGACUGCCCUCUAACAGGUUCGCCGAUGCCCCUCCCUCUCUUAGAAACGUACUGCGACGAUACAUGCAGCGAUCUCUCUCGCUCCUCGCUUUCGUGUCUCCGCUUCACCCGUUCGUUCCCAAGAGGCAAGAGCCGGGAGACGUUUCUGAACGACUGCGUGCCGCCGCAAACCCCCCGCGCCUGCCGCCCGCCUUCUCCGGUCGACUCCCUCGGCGGCCGCUGUCCACAACCCUCCAGUUUGUUACUCCGCAGCAGCCUCGGGAGAGAGCAGGAUCAUUUGUCAAUCUGCGGCAGCGCCGCGUCGCUCAAGCAGGACUCCUUUUUGAAGGGCACUCGGGACGGCGCGCUGAGGCGAGCCGCGGACACCGUGGAGCAGUCUCUCGCAGCCGCUUCGUGCUCCGCCGCCCGCGUGCAGAGAACUCUGAGCUGCGAACGCGCUGUGGCGUCUCUAUCACCAAGAGAGUCUGGAGGCGCAAACGCCCGACAGAGGUCGCCCUUGGGGAGAGGGGCCUUGGCGAGAGGCACGAUGACGUCCGCGGGGCUCGGCAGCGGUGGCAGCGGCCUCUCUGGGGACUUCUGUCAGUCUUCCGGCGAACGCCACAUCUCGUCUGAGCCGAGCCUUGCGUCGUCGUAUUCGCUGUCUGGCAGCGCGUGCCGCAGGACGUCCCCGGAGCGAGGCCUCGACAAUGCGGGGGGCUUGCCUCACAGCGCAUUGAACGCCCAGUCGAGCCUGACCACGUCGCUUCCCUGCCUUCUGCAGCCGGCUGGUCUGCGCUGCAGCCCUCGCUGCGGCACCCCCCCGCGGGUGUGCGGCGAGAGCGGCUACCUUGCAGAAUCGCCGAGCUUCCCGCCGCCCAGAAAUGGCCUGGAAACGCCGUCUUUUCUUCCUGCACCAAGCGAAGGGCCGCUCCUCUCCGCGAGGCUGUCGGGUGAAAUCGCCGCGGAGCGGAUGCGCCAGCGGCGCCACCUGUGCGAGCGAGCGGACGCGCGAGAGGACAGUGCCGCUGCUCUUGGGCAGAGUGCCGGCGCCCGGCACCAGGAGGCCGAGAGCGGGGAGAGUACUCGCUCUGCGAUUCGGUUCAGCCUCCGGCCGCCUUCCCCGCUCUGCGAGGCGUCGCGGUGCACACAUCUCUCUGAGGUGGAGGCCAUUGAGGCUGAAGUCGAGUUCGAGGAGCGGCGCCGACAGGCGCGCGCGAGAGGCGAAGACGACAGACGAACCGAAGACCUUCUCCGGUCGCUCGCGGCCCUUCCGCGCCUGUCCCUGGAAGCCACAAGACGCCUUGAUGCGCAGCGGAAGGCCCUCCUCGCCUGUCGCCAUCGCCGAAGCAGCUGCUCGCUCACGCCGCCUUGCGGCAGCUGUGAGCUGCCGGGGGCGGGCAGCGCAGUCGGCUGCUGCCUCUUGCCGGCUGCCCGCUGUGGGCACCUGCCGCCCAGCCCACGUAGCCAGUCGCCCCCGCGCCGCUGCCUAAGCGGCGGAGUUGCGGAGCAAGGCCCGCUGGCAUUUCAGGGCACCGGGCGCGUCGGCGAGAGCUGUCCGUUUGCUGGAGGCCGCGCGGGAGACAACGACGUGGGAGGCAACUCCUGUGCGCGAUCCGGGGAGGGCUCACGCGUCCACUGCCUGACGGAGAUCCUCGACAGACUGAGUCGGGCGCAAGAAGCGCAGUGCGAAAACAUCCGACGGCGCUCGGCGGAGCGGGCCGCGAGAUGUCGCGCUCCCCCCCCAGGUACGAAGGAAGAUGAGGCGGCCGCAGGCCUGGACGCCAGCGCCGAAACGCACCAGAGAGAACCCGCAGAAUCCAGUAGGCAGGGCGCAGGCGCCCCGCGGUGCGCCUCGCCGCGCUGCCGCCUCCACAGCGGGGAGACUUGUCGGCGCCUCCCGGCGGGGGCCGUGCGCGGCGGCGCGGGUGGCAGAGCGCUGCCUGCAGUGAUGCAAAUAAAGCUUGAGCCGGCGCGCCUCGCGCAGAUUGCCGCCGCGCGCGAGACACGAGACGCCCUCGUCGCCGCAUUCGCGGGUCCCCGCGAGCGGAACGAGGACAGAGGUCGAGGCCGGCGCCGCGAGGUCGAUGAGAGCCGACGGGAGGACGAGACCGAGAGGCGCGGGAGCCGUCUCUCUCCGUCUUCGUGCGUCUCGGCACUCAGCUUAAGGCUCUCUCGGUCUUCGCACUGCACGCGUCAGUCGUCCAUCGCGUCAAACUCUCCCUGUCCUUCCUCGUGUUCUUCCCUCCAGGCGGCCUGCCUCUCCAACCCCUCCUCCCCAGCUUUGGCUCCGCUCUCGCGCGCCGCCUCUCGCUCCCAGUCGCGUCCUGCCUCCCCAGUCUGCGCAACGCCCAGCACGGGGGAUGGAAGUUCGCGGCCCGCAGGAAUCGCUGCGCAGCGCCUUCGCGUUCCCUCUUCGACAGAGGAGGGCGCCAGCCAGUCGAACGGUCAGACUUCCGCCCCUUCUACCAGCCGCGGCGCAAAGCGCCCGUCGCGGACUCUUUGCCGCUCCGCCCCUCCUCCCUCGCCCUCCAGGGGCCCCAGCCAGGGCGCGCCGCAGCUGACUGCCGGAGGCUCCCCGCCCAGCGGCCGUGGACGCUCUUCUGAGGACCUUCGAGGGAACAGCAAGGAAGUGGAGCCAGUAAACCACCCGACGACCAAGAGAACGAAGGACUCGAAAACGCCCCCGACGCCUUGCGCGACCUCGGGAAGACGCAGCUCGCGGGACUCGACUACGCGAAGCGCGCGAAGGCACUGCGACUCCAGCAGCCGGCGCUUGGAGACCGCCCACAGGCACGGAAGGGAGAAGAAGGAGAUUGCAAAGAAAAGCAGUGGAAGCGAAACCCGUCCCGCGCCUGCGCCCUCUAGGAGCCUAAGCCGCGCCUCGUCCGCUGCGGCGGCCUCGAAAAGCCAGCCGAAGGAGUCUGCGGCGACGCACCACCCCGCGAAAGAGAGCAAGGGAAAGAAGCUGAAGGAGAGGCGCGCGAAGGCGGUCGAAGGCCGCUCCCUGUUCCCGAGUCCCAAUCGGCAGCCGAGCCGGUCUUCGUCAGCUGCAAGCGCCAGAGGUCACCACCGCCAUUCUGGGCAGAAGACGGCGAACCGUGAACGCGCGAAAAAGGAGAAAGGCAAUCACACAGAGAAGACGCGCCUGUCCUCUGCGCUGAGCAGAAGUGGCGUGAGUCGGCAGGCCUCAAGCGCCAGCACCAAAGAUCCGCGGCAUCACUCCAGCAGCCGGUCGUCCUCCAAAUCCCGCGACAGGCGUGAGAGAGAGAGGCAGACGCGUCUCAGCCGAUCUCGCUCUCGAGACACGAGGAGCGCAGCUGAGGUUCCCAAGCACUCCAAAGACGAGCGCCGCCAGAUGAAGCGCAGCGCGUCUGCCACGGCACAGAUGCUGUCCGCCUCCUCCCUGUGCCGCGGGACUCCGUCUUCAGCGCGAAGAGACGCCUCUCGCGCACCUUCGUUUCGUCUUCUUUCCGUACCCGACCCGGCUCCAAAACGGAGCUCGUCGUCCUCGUCGACCAGAAGGGAGGAGUCGCCGCGGCGCGCUUUUUCCUCAUCAGCCGAUCGCGGCAGGUCUGCAGCUCGCGGAGAGAGAAAGGCGCGGCUUUCGGAGAGGCGGCGGAGGAACGGAGAGACGAAAAAGCCGAGCGAGCGCUCCAGCAGCAGGACGCCGAGCCGGCCGCCUUCGCGGUCGCGAGGGGAGGAGGCGAUGAAGAUCCUGAAGAGCUCCUCAAAGCACGAACGGCCUGACAGCGUCUCACACAGAAAGGCGUCGCCCUCACGCAGCACCAGUCGGCUGGCAUCGACGCGCUCGGAGAAGGGCAGCGCGAGGGAGAAGGAGGGGAAGGAGGCGACACACCCAGAGAAAAAGAGAGACAAGCACUUCCAUGACGGGAGCUCGCUGAAGCAGCACGGGUCGAGGGCCGCACCGCCGGCCUUGCAUCAAGGGCACUCCUCCCCAGGGGCGCGUCGCGAAACUGCGUACCCUCUCGUUGCCUGUCUCUCGUUUUCUGCGCGGCCCUCGCGCCCUGCUUGCGUCGCGUCCUCUCUUGAGAAAUCCGUUUCCCCGCGCAAACCCCUGCCGCACUCGCUGCACUCGCCUGCCGCGCUUCUGUCUGCGCUGCGGCGCGCGGAGCCUAACAAGCUCUCGUCGCCCUCCUUCUCCGCGCCCAAGUCGCCUCCGCCCGACAUCGUCCGCAGUGUCCUCCAGAGUGCGGGCCUCCCGGCCGCCUUGCUCUCGCCUCCACCCGCCUCCGCGCGCUUCCUCGAUUCGGCGACCGCGACCGCGACCGCCGCGCCCGCGCGUCUUGGCCCAGGGGGAGAGACAACUGAAGGCAAUGCGGCAUACUCAGCAGGAAGUCAGAGAAAUGCUCAAAACGAGGCAGCGGCGGACCGGCGGACCUGCCCGCCUGCCGCAGUCGCCGCCACAGCGCUAGGCUGUGCGGAUGGCGCCGCAGGGCCCGGGAAGCUUCCGCGGAGGGCCCAGGAGGAGGUCGGCUGCGAGUUCCUCGCGCCUCAGCAGGCCGCGCGGGACUCGCCUCAGUCGCUCAACGCCGCGACCGCGGCGCACGCCUCGCUCGCGCCGGAGCUCUCCACAGCUGAAGAUCUUCGGAGAAACGCUGAGUCCUGCGACUUUCCGUCUCGACUUUUUUCUCUUCCGUGGCCCCAGGCGGUGUGGCGGCCGGAGGAGAGCGUGCCCUCGCUGUCCGCCCUCCUCGCAGAGGACCUUGAGGCCACGGCCGCUCUCUGUCGCCGCGUGGCGAGAUGCGCAGACUCCUCCGCCUCGUCAGGCUCCCCUGCAGCGUUGUCUGAUGCGUUGUCUGCUGCGCGGCCGUCUUCUCAUUCCGCGCUUCCCUCCUCGGCUUCGCUCUCCUCCGCGUCGUCUCUUCAGCUCCCCCUCGAUCUGUCGACAGCGGCGAGCGCGGGGACGCUCUCGGAUUCCGCUGGCUCGCUCGGCGGAGUGAGCGAGUGCGAGGUCUCGACUUCACUACCGCCUUCUUCUUCCGCUUCCUCGCUGCCUGCAGAAGUCUCCACGGAGCUCGUCCCGCCGCUUGCAGCACAGGCGCCUGGAGGUUCGAAGGCUCGGGAUGCCAGAGUGAACGCGAACGAAGUCGACAGCGGGAAGACAAGCGACGAGGCGAAGGCAAAAAGCAAGGAAAAAGCCGCGUGCUUCAACAGGGAUGCAAACAGCAGCCGUCGUGCGCUCCCUGCUCACGCGGAUUCCGGCCCUAACGAGGCAACUCGGGGUUCGACUAGUCCGUCUGCUUCCGCGGCUUCCUCGACCCACUCCGCGACGGCGUCCAUGCCUCCUCCUGUUCCCACCUCCCUCUCUCUCAGCUCGUCGUCUUUUGGGUCGCCUCCGUCGCCAGCGGCCUCCCGCCGGGUGAGCGCAGUCGAACGCCAUUUUGUCGAGGUGACUCCAGACCGUCCCUCCGCUGAGGAGGGCGGAGGCCGCGCAGUGGCCCUUUCGCCUUCUCAGCCUUCGCCUCGCCCACCGCUGCGCCCCGUCGCUGCUCCCGCUGCGCCCGCGAGUGCAGCAGCCAUCCGCCUGAUGCUGCCGCGGAGGCACGAGCUGCUUCCUCAACUCUCCGCAUUCGUCCCUCAUCCCAGGCGUCUGCCGCAACGACGCGAACGGAAUCGAUCCCCGCCGAGGGGGGCGGCGAGCUGCAAGGCCGGCAAGAGGCUUCGGGACGAGAAUGCCUCUGCUCGCAUUCCUGCAGCCUCCGCCCGGAGCGACGCCCGCGCUCGCCUGCAGCCGCUGCCGCAAAGAGCGCGACCCUGCCGCUCGCCGCUGGCGCCUCUUUUGGCAGACACUGAAGGAGGCCACGUGGAUGAAGGAGAAGGCGACGGCGAAAGUAGAUCUGGGCGGCACCGACAGCGGCGAAGGGGGCGAAGCCGCGGCAGAAGGGCGACAAGCGCGCGGCGGCGCGUGGCGACGGCGAGGAGGAACGGAGGCGAAGAAGAGGACUUCGGAGUGCAUCCCGGUUGCCCAACCUCCGCGAAGCUGCGCGACCUGCUACGCGCGAUCCGCGGACGGCAGCCGGCGGGCGACGAACAGGCAGAGGCUGGGUCAGCGGCCGAAGAGCAAAACGAAGGCGAGGAGGCGCCAGAGGAGGAAGCUGACGACGGAGGUGAAGACGACGCGACCGGAGAUGAAGCCGAAGAAGACCGCGAAAAGAGUUCGCAGAGCGCAGAGAGCACUCCCAGCAUGCGCUGGGCGCGGCGUUCGGGGUUCGGCGAUGGCAGUGUAGGCGCGAGCUUCGAAGAGGCGGCAGCCUGCGAUCUGUGGCUCCUUCAGCAGACCAACGGCGAGACGGUGAAAAACCUCGAAAGCGCCUUCGCGGCCGCCGAGCUCCUGUCGCCGCUUGCAGCAGAGUGGGCGUCCUCCGCCUCUUUUUUGUCGGCUCUCCCCCGCGGGAGUUGCGGCUCUGGGGCGCCGUUGAGAGACGCGGCGCGGCGCGGGGACGAAGGCGAGGGCGAGGUUCAGAGGCUCGACCCCAGGCGUCGCGAGGAAGAAACGAGAGGAGGCUGCGCGGAGGCGGUGCAGCUCCAGGCUCUCCUUUCCCCCCCUGUCUGUCCUCUCGCGCGUCCGCAUUUGCUCAUGCCUGCCGUCUCCUCAGCAGCCCUCACCACGCACGUGAGGGCUGCUGAGGCGGUGGCCGCUGGCGCCCAAGCCGAGUCCCGCCCUGAGCAAGUCGCAGGCUCUGCUGGCGUCAGGGAUGCAGAGGGUGAAGCGCCCACAGACGCCGUGUGCAAGGGAGGUCUCAGCCGCGACGCAGAGAAGGAAAGACGCACAGAACAGCACGCGGCAGAAGGAGAGCGAGAAGGAUGCGGAGGAGAGCCCGCCGAGGCUGCGGCGCGGGCGAGGCUGCAUGCAGUAAUCCGAGGUCAUGGGGGGAGAAGCACAGCGGAGAAAGCCCGACAAGGGAAGCAGUCAACGCCUCGCAGGCCCCACGCGGACGCGCCCGACAGCGCAGAGGGAGGUGGAAUGCGAACGGGCUUCGAAGUGAAGGAAUGGGAGACGGCUAGAGCGAAGGAGAAACUCGAAGAAAGUGAACAGGCUGCCGCAGCCGGCAAUCCGGUGGCUGAAGCGAAGACGAAAUACCAGACAAAGGAGGCUGCAGCCAGCCCGCACGAAGCGGACUCAGAAAUGAGCUCGCAACGACGCGCGAGCGAAGUCGACGAGGCAGCGAGCGGCAGCAGUCAGAGAAAGGCUUUGCGGGGCUUCUCCGCUUUCGUGAUUUCGACCGUCUCUUCACGGCUUCACCCUGCGCCUGCUUCAGCCUGCCCAGCGCCUGCCGCGUCCUUGGCUUCUUCAUCGAGUCCCCCCACGUCGCUGGGUUGCGGCUCGGCGCCGGCGUCCUCCCCUCGCAGCCGUUCUCGGCCGCCCGCGCCUCCGGCCCCUUUCGCGUCUUUUCUCACUUUGUCGCCCUCCGCUGAGCCGAGGCCUCCUUCUCCUUCGCCAUCUCUGCGCGCCUCCGCCGCUUCCUGCGCGGCCUGUCCUGCCGCAGCAUGUGCCGCUUCUUCGCCGCGGGUCGCUCGCACGGAUCCUGCAUGCGCCGAGUGCCCGCCGAAGUCCCCUCUCGCCCUGCGGCCACCCAUACUCUCUAGCAGUGGAAUGCAUGAAGAAGGAAAGUCGGCGCCGGCAGUCGCCGAGAAAGACGCCACGAAGCAGGUCGAAGCUGCCGGUUCGGCGGACGUCGAAAGCGCAGCGAUGCAAGAAGGGUCGGUCGAGGAGAAGAGAGACGCCGGAAGGCGUUUGGCGAUCGGCGACGAAGACGCCUCUCAGGAUGCCCAGCAAACCCUCGCUGGCUUGUCUGACCUGACGGAGAAAGACAUUCAACGGGAACGAAGCCCCGGAGGGAACGAGACAGAGAAGAGCGCGAGUGGGGAGCGUGGGUUUCAAGGGCGCGGCGCGGCCUCGGCGGUGUCUGAGGCGCAAACAGAACCCGUCGGGGACUGGACACGCGCUGCCGCCACAUGCCCGUCCACCGGUCCUCGAUCAAACUGCGACUCACUGUCGAGGAGAGAAAGGCAGGGAAUCACAAGUGAAGCUAAGAAGGCCGCUCUGGGCCGCUUGCUUGCUCCCUCGCGCGCGGAGCCUAGCCCCUCGCUGGCAUUAGAAUCGAGGGAGGUGGAGGACGCUCAGAGACGAAAACUGGGCAUGGAGCGCGUGGCGUCGCCCGCGCUUUCAGACUUCACCUUUGCCAUGGAGUCGCCCUCUGAAGCGCCGCGCGAGCUGGACGGAGGGGCUGACGAUGCGACCGCCGCGGCGCCUGCGCUAAAUCGUUUAGGAGAAUGUCACAUGCCUGGAAGCGACGCAAACGGCAGGCGAUACGGUGACACACACAAGGCGGUUCGCUGCCAAGAGCGCCAAGAGCGCCAAGAGCGCGAAGCGGCAGAAUCCUCGACGCUGUCGCUUGAGCGGAGAGACGGGACAGGCGAGGAGGUGCACCCCGUUUGGCUUUGCUCCGCGUGGUGCAUUUGGGAAGAAGAAACGGAGGCCAAUGCGGCGUCGUCGGCCGUGCCAGAAACUCGCACCUGCGGAGUUCAAGCGACUGACGACGCCUGGGCUCCGCCGCCUUUGGAUGCAGCAGCCUCACCUACCGCCAGCGCGUCCUGCCUGCUGUCGCCGUCCGCUUCGCGCGCGUCGCUCUCGGCGUUCUAUCCGCAGGCUCACUUAGCAGCGCCAGAGAGAGGCAGGAGCGAGAAGUGCGGGCACGAGAGCUCGACGGCGGCUGCCGCAGAGUCCCCUUCAUCACCGUGCGGCUUCGCUGCAUGGCGGCAGACCUGGGGGGAGAAGUUGGAAGGGACAGGGGCCGCGAAGGGCCCCAGACGGCGACGCGGAGGGCCUCACGCUGCCGAAAUGGAAGCGUUAGAAGCAUUCAAAGAAGUACGGCGAAGCCGAGACUCCUCUGAAGGAAGAGACACGGGUAUGGACAGCGCUGAAUGCCGCGAUACCCGCUCGGCGCACUUUGAUUCUCACGGGCCUCAGGCUGGCGGUUGGGGAGGCAGAUGCCUCUCGCCUCUUUCCAGGCAUCCCUCGCCCCUCUCAGCAGAAGGACGCGAGCAAGCAGAGCAGAAACAAACCCCCAGGGCGGCCGAGGAUUCAGGUGGGGGCUUGCGGAGUGAGGAACGAAAAACGACAUCCACCCGACACGGCCUCAGCGCUGUUGUCGCCUUUUCUGCGAAACUGAGGAGGCCGUCUCUGGUGCGGCUGAAAGACGUCCCCGCGCUGGUGAGUAGACACGCGGAGCUGCGCACGUCGAGGCGACGCGGGCGAGAGGGCGACGGGAAAGGCGCGAGGCCGCCGACGAGGCAAAAGCGGAAGGAAAGAGACUCGCCGAAUGCAGACGCGCCUCGGGUCUUUGCCCCGCGGAUGGCGGAAUGCCCACCGCAGGACUCGCUCUCUGCGAGGCCUCCACGCGCGGCCGAACUUCGUGAACGGGCGCAGGGCUUCGUUCUUCAGCCAGCGGAGAGAGAGUUGCAGAGGCGGCGCAAGCCGCGCCUCGAGCUGGCGACGCAUCCUCUGCCGAGCCGCCUCCGUCGAUGUCUUUUGCGCGGCCUGGCGCGUCGUGUCGCCCCUUCGCCGCCCCCCGUCUCCCUGCGCCCGACGCGAGUGAGUCGAUGCAGCCGCGCCAGGUCCCCGCCCGCCGCGGCUCUGCGCGAGCAGGCGAAAAGCCAAGAGCCGAGACAGGAGUACCGGCGGAAAGCGCUGGCCUGUGCGCUUCCUCUGCCUGCUCCUGCCGCUCGCGCGUCGCCUCCUGCAUCUGCUUUGGGCACACGCGAGCCUCUCCGAGAGCCCUCCUUCACGGCGGCUGUGCAGGCGCUGUCGCAUCCUCUCGUCCUCUGCGGCUCUUCGUUGGAGGCGCUUCAGGCUCACACGAAGGAGCUGAGGGCGAGGCCGAACUGCGAAGCGCGCCCGCAAAGGCGGCACAAGGCGCUGCAUAAAGAAAACCAGCUGGUGAAGGUCUCCGCUGCUUCGCAGAAUGCGCGUGGGCAGCAAGCAGAUACUUCGAUGUUUCCGAGCCUCUCCGACGCCGCGUCUCCGCAAGUUCAGGGGGAACACAUUUCUGAGACAGACUCUCCCGCAUUCUUCUCCCCGGCAUUUGCUUCACACUCUGCGAGUCGCGACGCGCAUUCGCGGCCCCAGGCCAAGUCGCCUUCUCUGUCGGGCUGCUUCGCCCCCUCGGCGCACACUGGCGAGUCUGGCGUCCCUCUCCCGCGUGCUCACCUUCCAGCGUCCCCCGUUCAGCUUCAGGCGCUUUCACCAUCUGCGCGUCUGUCGCCGUCCUCAGCGCGACUGCGACGCUGCGUCGCGCCUUCUGAAGCACCUGCGUGUGAGACAGUCCUCGCGUUAGAGACACAUCAGACUGAGGCACGCCUUCACGAAGCAAGGCCGAUUCUCUCCCAUGCAGCCCUCUGCAGCUUCGCCUCCGCGUCUGGUUACGAUUCACCUGAACUGCCUCCUCGCUCCCCGUCGGUCUGCACGUCUUCCGCCGCUCUGACGCCUCAUCUCGUCCUUCUCCAGCGUCCUCCGUGUGCGCAGUCGAGGCUGCCCCCCUUUGUUCAGCAGGCGCACGCUUCCCCUCUCUUCUCGCUUCCGGGGCGCCCCUGCUCUCAGGCCCACCUUUCUGCUCCACGCCUUACUCCGGAGAGCCGCUACCCUCCUCUCUCGUCGCCUUCAACUCAUUCCUUCCUCGUGCUCAACGAGCCGCGUGGCGCCCGCCCGCCCGUCUCCCCUACGAGCGGACCUUCCGCGGCUUCCAAGGUCCCGCCCUCGGCUUCGCCCGUCUCUUGGCGCGGCGCGCAGGCGGCGCGGGCUCAGACGGGGCCCGUAGAGGCGCUGGGGAGGGAUCUGUCAGUCGGCGACCGCCUCGCCGGCGAGAUGCCGAAUCCAGAAAAACAAGCUUCGUGCUCUCAGAGCCCACGUGGCGGGGCGACAGGCCCCUCGCAGUCGCUGCGGGCGGCGAACGUUGCACCCGACAGCAGGGCACUUCACGCAGGAAAAUUGGACUUCGUGUUUCGCCUCGCGGUGGCGGGUCAGAGGGCUACCGGAUCUCUCUUCGCGUCUGCGGCGAGCGCCCUGUUCGGUGGCGGAGACGAAAUACCGGAAUUCCCGCAGAAGAGGGGAUGA